AUGUGUGUGUCCUGCUCUUCCUCUUUUUUACCUCUCUUUUGGGAUGGGUGUUUUAUACGUGUUGUUUUACUUAUUAUUACUGCAUUAUAUACACGCGUGUACCAAAUGCAUAAAAUAGCCGUGAAAUCAAUUGGUUGUGUAUCCACUCCAGGUUUUGAGAAGAAGUGGAAAAAUGCCAAUUACUUACUUCUCGGGAAACUAACGCCGAUCAACGAUAUCAGAUCUUUCUUUGACGAUCUGCGCUCAUGA